GGGUGUCUCCUCGCGGGUUAGCUCUUCCCGGGCUUGCCUCGCCUCGCCGUUGUCCCUGGGAGUGGGGGCUCCCAUCUGACGAGGAGGAGAAGGGCUCGCUCGCAUUCGUGGCUUCGUGGCUCGGUGCGGGGGUUGUGUGUUUCGGAGCGGGGGCGGGGGUUGUGCCUGAACCAGUUAGGGAGAAUGACUCUGGAGUCCAUCAUGGCGUGCUGCCUGAGCGAGGAAGCGAAGGAAGCCCGGCGGAUCAAUGAUGAGAUCGAGAGGCAGCUCCGCCGGGAUAAGCGCGACUCCCGCCGAGAGCUCAAGCUUCUGCUUUUGGGGACGGGAGAAAGUGGUAAAAGCACAUUCAUUAAACAGAUGAGAAUCAUCCAUGGAUCAGGAUACUCUGAUGAAGACAAAAGGGGGUUCACAAAGCUGGUGUAUCAGAAUAUAUUCACAGCAAUGCAAUCUAUGAUCAGAGCUAUGGAUACACUCAGAAUUCCAUACAUAUACGACCAUAAUAAGGCCAAUGCACAACUAGUUCGAGAAGUUGAUGUAGAGAAAGUGUCCUCAUUUGAGAACCCCUACGUAGAUGCAAUAAAGGCUCUAUGGAAUGAUCCUGGAAUACAGGAAUGCUAUGACCGACGACGGGAGUAUCAGUUGUCAGAUUCUACUAAAUAUUAUCUUAACGACUUGGACCGUAUAGCAGAUUCUGGCUAUCUACCUACCCAACAAGAUGUGCUUAGAGUUCGAGUCCCAACAACAGGAAUUAUUGAAUAUCCAUUUGACUUACAAAGUGUCAUUUUCAGAAUGGUGGAUGUAGGAGGCCAAAGAUCAGAACGAAGAAAAUGGAUACACUGCUUUGAAAAUGUCACAUCUAUCAUGUUUCUAGUAGCCCUUAGUGAAUAUGAUCAAGUACUUGUGGAAUCAGACAAUGAGAAUCGAAUGGAGGAAAGUAAAGCACUAUUUAGGACAAUUAUCACAUACCCCUGGUUCCAAAAUUCUUCAGUCAUUCUGUUCUUAAAUAAAAAAGAUCUUUUAGAGGAGAAAAUAAUGUAUUCCCAUCUAGUUGACUAUUUCCCAGAGUAUGAUGGACCUCAGCGGGAUGGACAAGCAGCACGGGAAUUCAUCUUGAAGAUGUUUGUGGAUCUGAAUCCAGAGAGUGAAAAAAUUAUCUACUCACAUUUCACAUGUGCCACAGACACGGAGAACAUCCGCUUCGUCUUUGCUGCAGUCAAGGACACUAUCCUACAGUUAAACCUGAAGGAGUACAACCUGGUCUAACUGUGCCUCUUAGAUCUCCUUUCCCCCUUUUCCCUUUGGGCAAUUGAAGAUAUUCAAGAGGGACUGUAUUAUCUGUGAAAAAGAUCUGCAUAAUACUAAUUUAUUGCUGGCCUGGGCUCUGUGAACAUUCACAGAGUUUAUAGUAAAUAUUAUGAUUUUAUUUAAACUUUAUGGAGGAAAAACAAAAGAUGCUGAACGACGUUUGCAGCACAUUUCCUCUUUUUUUAGUCAAAAUCUUGUGACCAUAUGUGUUUUAAAUUCACAGUUAUGCACUCACAAAGGAUAGGGGCUUGGGGUGAUUUUUAAAAUUAUCAUCAUUAUUAUUAUUUUGCUGACAAAGCAAAAUCAAAGUGGUGUCUCCUUUGACUCAUUCUUCUUUCCUUAAGGUACAAUAGCCUUUACCCCAAGUUUCAUUCCUUGGUAGAAGUGUUUCCUCUAAAGUGAAAUAGUCAGGAAAAUGCUUUCACUAGAAUUUAAGCCAUCAGUUGUUCUGAUUUUUCAGUAAAUACUUUUUGAAGGAUCAAACUUACUAAUACUCUGAUUUCUUUUUUUAAUUUUUGGCAAAGAUGUUGAAUACAUCUGCUUCUUGGUACUGUCUUUGCACUGAAGGCUUGGAAUGUUGUUAAAUGGGAACAUUAAUUGUAGCAGUGUUAAUGGAUUUUUACAUUUAUUUGUACCAUGGGAAGUCAGAAAAUGCACGGAACACAAUGACAAAAUGACUAAGAAACAAAACCGAUUAAUGAAAUAUGGUAGGUGUGUUGGGUUUUUUUAAACUGCUAUGUGCCAUUAUGUUUUUCUUCUUUUGGAACUGUACUUAUUGUCUAAUCACAGAUGCCAAACAAAAAUGUCAUGGACACUACAGUAGCUUGGAAGUCUUUGUUUGUUUGAAUGUUUUAAUUAGAUCUUCUAGAUUUUGCUCCAUAAUUUCAGUUUUAUUUUUAUUGUCUACAAAAUUUCAUGUUGCCAAAUCUGGCUUUUUAAAAGUUAAUAAAAGUGAUAACUUCGAAAUGUAAGAUACUGAUUAAAAUGCCAAGUUAACUGAUUGGAAUCUGUCUGAUUCAGACAACUGCCAAAUGAUCUGCAGCUAGAUUUCAACUUUUUUGUGCCCUCUUUGUAUAAGAAUGCAUUCCAUUCUCAAAGCCAAAAAAAAGCAGUGUAAGUAAAAACGUUAUUUGGUGCUACAUACACAAGCAAAUGGUCUAUUAAUUCACAUUCAGUUUUCUUCCUAUGUCUGAGGUGACAUAAGAUUGCACAAUGUUGUUUUUCCCUUGAGGCUACCUUUAAUUGCAAAAUAUGAAAUUGGAAAUAAAUCUUCCUUCCUCUUCCUUCUUUGAAUAUCUGUAGGUAGGAGCCUUCCCCCAAGCUGGUAAUGGAUUUGAAACAGCUGAAUAAACCAUGUUGAAAAUGCUAGGUAUUUAACAAGAAAAUGAAAAAGACAUGACUUCAUACGUCUUUGUUUGUUUGUUUGCAUACUGGGUUGAAAGAUAAUUUUAAAGCAACCCUGAAAAUAAGAUUGCUGUCAAAUUGUAGAUGGGUCAAAUGCAAAACUGCAAUUCUUAACAAAGAACAUGUUUCAGCACAUAAGUUAAAAAUCGUUCAGCCGUGUUUUUGGUGAAGGAAGGGAGUCAGGACACCUAAUUGUUGGAGUACCAAAGUUUAUCUGAUGGUGUAACUUCCCUUUGUUUGAAUUGUGAUGGCAAGGGACUUCCAUUUAAAUGAGUAUGUGUGCUGUCCACAGCAAGGCUUGGUGGAUAGUCCUCAGUGAAUAUGAAUGAAAUGACAUUCACCCUUAACCAGCUUUACAAUGAAAAAUAAAAUUUGGCCUUUUAAUGGUUCCCUCAUCAUGAAACAUUUUGUAAUUUAAAAAUGGUUGUAGGUAUAGUGCAAUUAUGAAUGCUAUAAUCAUUGUACAUACAUCUUACACACACACACAUAUAUAUAUGGCAGAAUCCAUAUUGGCUUUGUAAUCAUUAAUUUUUUGGCAGAUUGAAUGUGCUGUAUUGAUAUGUAUCUAUGUAACUGUAAUGUAUGUCUUAUAGAUAAUUCACAUUUUAAAAUAAUGUUAUUUUAUUUACUUUUUUAAGAGAUAAGAAUGUAAAUUUUUGUCAGUUUAUUUCUGACUAGGGUUUUUUAUUUUUAUUUACAAAAAAAGUAUAGUGCAGAGCGGUACUGGCAUCAUACUGUGUAAAGUCAUUUGCACAAUCCUGAGUAGAGGUGAGCUGAAAGCAUACAUGCACACGCACUCACACAGACAAGGUCAUUGAUUUUUCAGUACAAGUUUUAAAAUAACUUAAAUGAGAGGUAAUGCAUACUUUUUUUGGAAGAAUUUGCAAUGUUUGCUGCUGGACCAUGUUGUUCUUUACUAAAUGAAAAGCAGAUUAUCUUUACCUCUCUAACUGUUUCAUAACAGUGACAUCUCAAACUAUUUCUUCACCAGAAGAUGACUUUCUGCAGUCUUUUUGUAAUUCAGAUCUAUGUGGUACUCUAUUUUUUGUGAAUAAGUUCAACACACUUUUGAUUUUUUCAGAACUUCCAUGACCACUCAACUUGGGUUGGAUCCAACCAGCUUUUCUACAGUUGAAAAAGGAAGGAGGCAUCCUCUUUGACAAUCCAAAGAGGCUAUGCUGAGAAUCAUGGGUCCUGUAUGUACAAAACCCAUGUAGGGCUGUAGUAUUGAAGGGAAUAGGAUAAGAUUAAGUGAAAAAGUGACUGGAUCCACCCCCCACCCCCCACCCCCCAAAAAAAAUCUGUUAAACACAUUCAUCUGAAGGAAAACCACAUAGAUCUCCACGUUUAGCCAUUUGAUAGUAGAGAGUCACCUUGAGUUGGAAAGAGUUGAUGUUGCUUCACUCAUGCUGAUUCAUACGUCAAUAUUCCUGGCUUUGGUGUAAGGGGAAAAUGUAUACUGCAAAUACAUUGACAUGUGAUGGGCAUGUAUGUAUAUGUAUGUAUAAGUGAUGGGAUGCUGAUAUUAUAAACACUUGGGUAAAGGGGUCCUUGUGAAUGGCUUUAGCAGCAGUCAUAAUCCAUUAUGCAUACUGUCACCAUCUUCUUAAAUAUGUUACGUCCCAACAUAUGAUUUGAUCCAGCUGAAUAAGUUCCAGGUUGUAACCUGCAUCAGAGAUUUUUAAAAUGGUUGCCACUGAUCCAGUUCUAACAGAGUAAUCUGAUGCAGAGUUAGUCCAGUGCAAGUCCAAUAAUUUUCUGUUCUGGAUGGCCAUGGAUAGCCUGAUUUCAUCAGAUCACCAAAGCUAAGCAGGAUUGACUCAAGUUAGUACUUUGAUGGGAGACCACCAAGAAAGUCCAGGGUCGCUAUGCAGUGGCAAGCAGUGGCAAAUCAUCACUGAAUGUCUCUUGCCUUGAAAACCCUUGCCUUGUAAAUUGGCUGCAGUUUAAUAACACUUUCCACCACCACUAAGUCCGUUAACAAUGUACUUAGAUUGGAUUAGCUCUGCCUAGGAUCACACUGUUAGUAACUCUUUUUAUGUAACACAGGGUCAGUUGCUGGAUAUAGGAUGUCAAGAGGGAUACUAAAAUGGGUAGUGUGGAAAGCAAGUGAUGUUUAAGCCUUUUUACUAACAUCAUUCUGUCUUAACCUUGCUUCAAAUCAAAGACGGUUUCAGCAGGACUCAGUAGAUAUUGUUUUAUGCAGUUGCUGUUCAUUUCAAUUGAAUAUGACCCCUGCACUAUUAUUUGUUUGUUUAUUAUAGCAUUCAUUUCCAGCUGUAACUGAGUUCUCAAAAUAAGCGAAUAAGAGAGUUUGGUGUUAUGGGAACUGAUUCUGUGAGCGGCAUUAGAUGUGACAGACAAGGGCAGCGAGCCUGUGAAACUUUCCUACACAAAAUCCCUUUUGAAUAAACAGCGCCAGACUAAUGCGAAAGUAGUUGCACGUUGGACUGGCUGGGCCUGCUCAUCUCAUAUGAAACCACCUUGAAACAGUAACUUGCUUCACAGCGAGUCUGUUGCAGAUAAGAAAUUUUAAGCCAGGUCUCUUCAUCUUGUCUCUUUUCAUGUGGUGGCAUGCACAUCGAACAAAUUGAGAUUUCCAGACACAGGUGUCUGAUGGUUUGUUCUCAACCCUGAAUUUCUCUCCCUAGUGUAAACUCAGGGGUGCAUGAUGGUAUUCCAUCACUUUAACAGGGAAUAAAUCGACCACCCGAGUGGAUUCUUAAAAAAAAAAAAGUUAAGUUAUGGAAAAUUAGGGACGUAAGGGUCUAGUUGAUUGUGGGUUUGGCUGAUUGGGGGUGUACAUUUUAUUUUGGUUCUUUGGAGGGAGACAAUGGGAAGAGAAUAAAGGGUAUUGACUUAAGAACUUGUAUAAUACAGAAGGACAAGUUUACUUAAUGCCUCAUAGUUCCAUUACAAGAAUGUUCACUAAUAUAUUCUGGAUUCUUUGGGCCUACAACAAUAUUUAGAUCUGAUCAUGGGAGCAGAGUUUGAACUUAAAAGGGAUUUCUUCAGCAUGCCAAGGGAAGGUGUAGCAUUGUAAAAUGCUCGUUUCACCUAACCUCUUUUAAAGUGACACUGCUCUUCUCACAGUGUAUAAAGAUUUAUUUUUGUUUGAUAAAGCUGUUAUUUCCUGCUAUGCCUUUCAGAUUUUGAGCCCAGACAUCUGUGCCUGCUAACACUGAGCUGAGAGCAAAAGUAACAGUGGUCUGUUCCACACAGCACAAAAAACAUAUCUGUGGGAUGUUUUGAAAAAAGGCCACUGCUUCUUUUCAUACCACACACCCAAAAUAAGAUGUCUGGGGAAUGCCUUAAAAAGAGGCAACUGCUGAUUUGGUUCCGGACAGCAAAGGUGUCGCAGGGGAAAAAAGGCUUUCUCCCACCUUGCCGUUUCGCUCUCUAGUCAGUUUCACCCCCACCUCAGCCUAACAUUUUGUGUGCUGGUGAAGGGAUUCUCCUUGCCUCCAUUUGCUGAAGGUUGCCCCAGAAUGUUUGCUCUGCAGGCUCCGAUCCUGGGUUCCUUUUCAGCCCGAAGAGUACAUGGUUGUACACAGCUCAUCCUGCCGAUUCUGGCAACCUUCAGCAAAUGGAGGCAGGGAGAAUCCCUUCACCAGCACACAAAAUGUUGGGCGCAAGCAGAGGGGGAAACUGACCAGUGAGCAAAAAAGUCAGGCGGGAAAAAUAAGAUGCCUCCUGAGCUCUGCAUUCCACACAGUCAGGCAGGGAACGCCUUGCAGGCGCCUCAAGGAAAAAAGGUGCACCUUGGUUUUCAAAAAAAGACACCAUGAGCUUAGAUAAGGGUUCUGAGGACGUCUUGGUGGGCAGGGGGGAAGCUGUGUGGAACUCCUUCCCAAGGCACUGUUUUUUAGGUCCCCAGAAUGUCUUUUUGUGCUAUGCAGAACAGGCCAAAAUGUCUCAUAUCUUUGCCAAAACAAUGUGAUUUUGCUGAAUGUCAUAAAUGGAACAAGGAAGCCAAAGAGAGAUUCUUCAGAUUGUGUCUUUGAAGCUUAUUACAGGUACAGUCUCCUGAAGAAUUCUGCUACCCAAGGCACACUUAAUGGGAGUUGUGGAAGAGCAGCUUUUAUUCAGUUCAACUGCACCUGUGCAGAGGAACCUGGAGGAUUGUAUCCCAGCAUAUAAAAGUUAUAAAUAUGUGGGAUGUUUUUAUUUUAAUGCUCUUAAAACUUGCCUUCUGACAAAAUGACUCGCUCUGUCCUGACAUAUGAAGGAUAUAUGCACGUACAUGGUCAUUUUCUUUCUUAUUCAAAACUAUUUUGAUUGUCCAGUUUAUAUGAACAGAAUAUUUUAAUUAUACCACCAUGUUUGGCUUUUUUUUUCCUUUCCCAAGUUUAAAAAUGGGCCAGAAACCUUUUUAUGCUGGAUAUCAGUCAGAAUUGACUACAUGAUUGCAAAAACUUCACAUAGUGGGGGAAAAGGGCUGCUUAUAAAGGAAUCCCUAGCCUGUGGUUGUUAGAUGCAAAUAACCUUUGACUUACCCAUUGACCUUUCCCAUUUGUUUUGCACUCCUCACAAGACUGAAAUGAUAGAAAUUUUUUUAAAAAAUGUUAAUACACAUGAAAAAAUAAAAUGUACCCAAAUAAA